AUGUCACCAAUUUCAACCACUGAGGUAAACGAAUUAGAGUCCAAGACAAAAGAACUAGACUUGAACAAUGCCACUUCAAAGCAGGAUUCAGCUAAAGCAGACGGUUUGAAUACAAGUGGUGCAGCAGACGAUGCUGAAGAUGAUGAGGACCAAGAUGAGUCUGCCGCAAAUGGAACCACUUCCUCCUCCUCAGACAAGAAAAAGAAAAAGAAGAAAAACAACAAAAAGAAGAAGAAGUUGGUUGCUAUUGACCAAUCGUAUCCUGAUGGUGUAUUCCCGGAAGGGGAAUGGAUGGAAUACCCAUUAGAUUCCAACAAGCAUCGCACAACAUCAGAAGAAUUGAGGUAUUUAGAUAGACAACAAAAUAACAAAUGGGAAGAUUUCAGAAAAGGUGCUGAAAUUCAUCGUCGUGUUCGUGCAAAAGCCAGGUCAUCAAUUAAACCCGGUAUGCCAAUGUCGGAAAUUGCUGACUUGAUUGAAAAUUCCGUCAGAGCUUAUGCCAAUGCUGAUCAUACUAAAAAGGCAGGUAUUGGGUUCCCCACUGGGUUGUCAUUGAACCACGUUGCCGCUCAUUACACGCCAAAUACUGGAGACAAAGUAGUGUUGGGUAAAGACGACAUUAUGAAGGUUGAUAUUGGUGUACAUGUCAAUGGACGUAUUUGUGACUCUGCAUUCACCAUGACAUUCAAUGAAGAUGGUAAAUACGAUACGAUAAUGCAAGCGGUUAAAGAAGCAACCAAUACUGGUGUUAAGGAAGCUGGAAUAGACGUUAGAAUGAAUGAUAUUGGUGCAGCUAUUCAAGAAGUUAUGGAAAGUUACGAAAUGGAGGAAAAUGGUAAAACAUACCCCAUCAAAUGUAUUCGUAACCUCAAUGGACACAAUAUAGGUGACUAUGUAAUUCAUUAUGGUAAAAAUGUCCCUAUCAUAGCUAAUGGAGACAACACCAAGAUGGAAGAAGGUGAAACCUUUGCCGUUGAGACGUUUGGAUCCACUGGAAAAGGAUAUGUCUUACCCGAGGGGGAAUGUUCUCAUUAUGCAUUGAAUCAAAAUAUCGAUGGCAUUAGAGUACCUUCGGAACGAUGCAAAUCAUUGUUGAACUCAAUACAAGAGAAUUUUGGAACAUUGCCUUGGUGUAGGAGAUAUUUGGAACGCACUGGAGAAGAUAAAUACUUGUUGGCAUUGAAUCAAUUGGUGAGAGCUGGAAUUGUGGAGGCUUAUCCACCUAUUGCUGAUAAGCUAGGUAGUUACACUGCUCAAUUCGAACACACUAUAUUGUUGCAUCCUCAUAAAAAGGAAGUUGUCACUCGUGGUGAUGAUUAUUGA